AUGGACCAUAAGAAUAAGAGUAUUGUCCGGGAAUUCAUCCUACUUGGAUUUCCAACCACCAUGGAACUGCAAGUGCUUUUGUUUGUGAUAUUCCUUGUGGCCUACAUCCUGACACUCCUGGAGAACACAAUUAUCAUUGUUGUGAUCAAAAUCAACCCUCAGCUUAACAAACCUAUGUAUUUCUUCCUCAGCAACCUCUCCUUCCUGGAGACGUGGUACAUCUGUGUUAUUGUCCCAAAACUAUUGGUCAACUGCCUGGUGGAAGACAAGUCCAUCUCAUUUGAAGGAUGCAUGACACAGCUCUACUUUUUCAGCUCUCUCAUAUGUACAGAGUGUAUCCUUCUUGCUGUAAUGGCAUAUGAUAGAUAUGUGGCCAUCUGCAAUCCACUGCGCUAUCCAACCAUCAUGACCCAGCGCCUUUGCUUGCAGUUAGCUGUGGGUUCGUGGCUAACUGGCUUCUUCGCCUCAAUGCUGAAGGUUGUAUUUAUAUCUCGCCUACCCUUUUGUGGCCCUAACAUCAUCAACCACUUCUUCUGUGACAUUUCACCUUUGCUAAAUAUGGCAUGUGAAGAUAUGACAGUUGCUGAAAUAGUGGACUUUGUCUUGGCAUUGAUAAUUCUGCUGGUCCCACUCUCAGUUACAACAGUUUCCUAUGUGUGUAUCAUUGGUACCAUUUUGCGUAUCCCAACUGUCCAAGGCAGGAAGAAGGCCUUCUCUACUUGUGCUGCUCACCUCACUGUGGUCACCAUCUUCUUCUCAGCCACUCUCUUCAUGUAUGCAAGACCAAAGAGGAUCCACCCUUUUGAUCUAAACAAAUUGGUUUCUGUUAUAUACACCAUUGUCACUCCAAUGCUGAACCCAUUCAUUUACUGUCUGAGAAAUCAAGAGGUCAAGGGAGCUUUAAGAAAAGCUUUCUGUAGCACAAGUGCCCUCCCCAAAAUCUCAGUGCCCCUCACUAAUGCUGAAUGGCACAGAUAG